UCCACUGUCAAUUAAUAGAUUCUCUUCGCAGGAACAUGAUGAUCCUAUGGCUUACAUCCACUUCACUGCUGAGGGGGAAGUAACUUUCAAAUCCAUUUUGUUUGUUCCUAAUUCUGCUCCACGUGGCCUGUUUGAUGAAUAUGGAUCCAAAAAAAGUGAUUUUAUAAAGCUGUAUGUUCGAAGAGUAUUCAUCACAGAUGACUUCCAUGACAUGAUGCCCAAAUAUCUCAACUUUGUUAAGGGUGUUGUGGAUUCUGAUGAUCUUCCUCUGAAUGUAUCUCGUGAAACACUGCAGCAGCAUAAGUUGUUAAAGGUGAUAAGAAAGAAACUCGUUCGUAAAACUCUUGAUAUGAUCAAGAAAAUUGCAGAAGAAAAAUACAACGACACAUUCUGGAAAGAAUUUGGAACUAAUGUGAAGCUUGGAGUGAUUGAGGAUCACUCUAAUCGCACACGACUAGCUAAACUUCUUCGCUUCCAGUCUUCUCAUCAUGAAAGUAACCUUACCAGCCUCGAUCAGUACGUGGAAAGGAUGAAAGAGAAACAGGACAAGAUAUAUUUUAUGGCAGGUGCCAGCAGGAAGGAGGCUGAGUCCUCACCAUUUGUUGAACGCCUGCUGAAGAAGGGCUAUGAAGUGAUCUAUCUGACUGAGCCUGUAGAUGAGUACUGCAUUCAGGCUCUGCCAGAGUUUGAUGGCAAGAGGUUUCAGAAUGUAGCUAAGGAAGGCGUUAAGUUUGAAGAAAGCGAAAAAUCCAAAGAGAGUCGUGAAGCUUUGGAAAAGGAUUUUGAACCACUCUUAAACUGGAUGAAAGACAAGGCCUUAAAAGACAAGAUUGAAAAAGCAGUGCUAUCUCAACGCUUAACCCAGUCCCCGUGUGCCCUUGUGGCUAGUCAGUAUGGAUGGUCUGGUAACAUGGAAAGAAUCAUGAAGGCCCAGGCUUACCAGACUGGGAAGGACAUAUCUACAAACUAUUAUGCCAGCCAAAAGAAGACUUUUGAAAUAAACCCCAGACAUCCACUGAUAAAGGACAUGCUGAGGAGAGUCAAGGAAAAUGAAGAUGACAAAACAGUUUCAGAUCUCGCAGUGGUCUUGUUUGAAACCGCAACUUUGAGAUCGGGAUAUAUGCUACCAGACACCAAGGAAUACGGAGAUAGAAUAGAAAGGAUGCUUCGUUUAAGUUUAAACAUUGACCUGGAUGCAAAGGUGGAUGAGGAGCCAGAGGAGCCUGAAGAAGCAGCUGAGGAGGCAGAGCAAGAUGAAGAGGAAGUGGAUGCUGAAGAAAGCGAAACACAGAAGGAAUUCACAGAUGUGAAAGAUGAACUGUAAACUACACGCAACUACCAUCCUGUGUUGGGAGCUAGGGAAUGUGAAUUAGAUUGUUCUGUUUGUUGAGGGAUGGUAUGGGUUUAGGGGCAAAGGAAGUUUGUUUUUUUUUUUUUUUUCUUUUCCUUUUUUUAAGUUGACUUUUCUAAAACAUUCCUCACGAAUGUAAAUUUGUACUAUUUAACUGACUUCUUGGUGUAAAAUCUUGUCAUGUACAAAAUAAAAUGUUCCCAAACACCAUAUUAACCCU